ACAGACAGAGAAACAAAUGUGCAUUAUUUGAAGGGCAAAUGCCAUGAUUGAUAUAACUUGCCCUUGCUGACAUAAAGUCAUCAUUGAACGAACUCCUUCCCACCCCAUUUCCUUCCUCUUUCUAUUUAUUCCCCUCUCACAGGCUUCCUUCCACUCCCAAACCAAAACCACCCCACCCCCUCUCUCUCUCUCUAGAAAAGUAAAAACCAACUCCUCUUUCUCAUUCUCAGUUUCUUCAUAGAAAUAACAAUGGUUGAAAAGGAAGACUUGGCUUUAAGUCUAAGCUUGAACUUCUUCCACAAACCUCACCCUCUCAACCUCAUCUCUUCCUCAGUUCGAGGAAUCGACGUGAAUCGCUUACCAUCCACCGUUACCGAACACGAAGAAGAAGAAACAGGAGUUUCAUCUCCCAACAGCACAGUCUCAAGCGUCAGCGGAAAACGAAGCGAGAGAGAAGAUCAUGACGUGGACAAUAGAGGAAAUAUCAGCGAUGAUGAAGACGCUGAAACCGCUAGAAAAAAACUUAGACUCUCCAAAAACCAAUCCGCUAUUCUUGAAGAAACUUUCAAAGAACACAGUACCCUUAAUCCCAAGCAAAAGUUGGCACUUGCUAAACAACUUGGCCUUCGUCCAAGACAAGUUGAAGUCUGGUUUCAAAAUAGAAGAGCUAGGACAAAGCUGAAGCAAACGGAGGUUGAUUGUGAAGUAUUGAAAAGGUGUUGUGAAAAUCUAACGGAUGAAAAUAGAAGACUACACAAGGAACUUCAAGAGCUAAGAGCACUGAAACUUUCCCCUCAAUUCUAUAUGCAAAUGACUCCACCGACUACUCUUACCAUGUGCCCUUCUUGUGAGCGUGUGGCUGUUCCAUCCACUGGUGUUGAUGCGAUCGCUCAGGCCCAUCAUCGGGCCGUACACAUGGGCCCGUGGGCUUCUGCGGCUACUCCUGCGCAUAGGAUGUUUGAUGUUUUUCGUCAAUGAUCAGUCGGUGUUGUGAGGGUGAUUUGGUCAUUUUUUGAAUGUGGAAAACAGUGGGGAUUAAAAACGUGAUUUGGUGGGUCUUGAAUGUUUUGAAUGAGUUUGACCCAUCGUCUUUUGUUUUGUUGGGUUGAAGUAGGAGGGUUUUUAGUUUCUAAAUAUACUUAAUUUAUUUUUCCAUUUCAAGACUGUGUAAGGUGCAGAUGUCUAGUUGAUUAUAGUAAUAGUUAAUUAGUUAAUCAUGUAUAGAUUUGGGAUUGGGACUGUUAGUAUUAAUCCUAAUAAUUCACUUAUAUAUUGAUACUCCCUUCUUCAGAUGUCCGGGCUGCAGUUUAGAUUCAACUUAGGGAAUCUUUAGAUUAGUUAUGGACAUAAUUAAUAUACCUGAAUUGAGUGUAAAAAUAAUUCAGAAUUAAAUAAUGGAGGGGGAAGUUUGUUUGAA